GGCAAGGAGUUGAUCAAUUGGGUUGUGUAGAGAGGAAGAGAGAUCAAUGGGGAGAGGGAAAGUGACACUGGAGAGAAUAGAGAACACAACAAACAGGCAAGUUACCUUCUCGAAGAGGAAGAAUGGAAUUCUAAAGAAAGCUUACGAGCUUUCUGUCCUCUGUGAUGUUGAAAUUGCUGUUCUCAUUUUCUCUCCCACUGGAAAGCUCUACCAGUACGCCAGCGGCGAUGUGGACCAGACCAUUGCGAGGUACUGGAGUGAAGUAGCGCUGCUUAAUCCAAAUAAACAAAGCUCCAAGUCGGUGGAGAGAAUUUUGAAAGGUCAGAUGGAAGAAUUAGAAAGAUCAGCACAAAGCUUGGAAGAAAGACUGAGGCACUUAGCUGGAGAAGAUAUAUUUACACUGGGCUUAAAAGAACUGAAAAAGCUUGAACGUCAGUUAAAAUCAGGCGUUGAGCGUAUUCGCUCUAAAAAGAGGCGCGUAGUUUCAGAGCAGUUGAACCAUCUGAAAAGUAGGCAAAGGGACCUACAAGAGGAGAACACCCAACUUCAGAAAAGAUUGCAAGAGCUGCGUGAUGCCGAAAUGAACUGGAGCAUUAUGGGAUUUCAUGCACUGCCUGCAUUUCACCAGAGGCUAUCAUAAAGGCCCAUGUAUGUUAAUAGUAAUUAAAUAAGAAUGAGUGGUGGUGAAUUAUAAAAUAAAUCGAUCCAAGAGUGUGUGUGAUUCAGGAAGCUGUGUUUCGUUAACGUCAUCCAGUAGCCGUUUCUUCACUGCUGUACUUGGCAGGUGAUGACAAACUUGAUUUGCUUUGGCCUUUUCCUGUGCCCGUUAUUUUAAAUAUAAGUCGUUGCCUUCACAUGUAAAUUAUAGUUUCUAGGGUUGGAUGGUUUGGAGUUACAAAUUUCAGCUUACAGCCAAAUGGAUUGCUACAAUUAUUGCUUGUCCAAUAAAUAAGCAUGAAUAUUAUAUGUUUAUUAGUGA